AUGUCUAGCAUCGGUGCCCAGCAGAUCCGUUUCCGAUGCGGCAUCGCUCCGAUCGGCAACUCCGACAGCAUGCGCGUCUACGUCCAGGACACCAACGGCGGCAUUAGAGAAGUCGCCUACGACAACGGCCACUGGUCUCGCGGAAGCGAAAAAGACAUCAUCGGCUACGGAGCUCUGGGAUCUCCCAUCGCGGCAAUCUGCCGGGGCUUCAAGCAUAUCCGCGUUUACUACAUCGGAGCGGAGAACAUGCUCCGGGAGGCCUGCUGCGAUGCAGGUGGUUCCUGGUACGAGGGAGACCUUAGCAAGAAGAAGGUCCAAGUCGCGCCGUACUCGAUGCUGUCGGCGUGCUUCCUUGCCGGAACCGAGAAGUUGCAGAUGCGCGUCUACUUCCAGACGAUGGACAACACGAUCAAGGAGUUCGGUUAUAACGAUAACGGUAAGGGCUGGCAGGAGAUGACCGGCCAGGGUCGUGCUCUCCCUGGAACAGGCAUGGCCUGCACGUCCUUCCACGACUCAAAGCUACGCAUCAGGCUCUACAUGCAGGAUGAGGGGAACAACAUCUUCGAACGAUGCUACGAUGAAGACCAGGGAUGGUCCAAGGGUAAAUUUUCCGUCCAUGACACGGUGCCGCGCACCGACCUUUCGGUCACCAGCUUCAACCGGAUGAGCAUCCGGGUCUACUACGUCGACAGGGACAACAAGCUGAAAGAGAUGGGCUACGACGGAAAGGACUGGUACCAGGGCGGAUUCAACCGUCCCUGUGUCCCCGGAAGCCAGAAUGGCGCCGUCAGCUUCAUGAAGAGCGACAACGUCCGUAUCCAUGUGUUCUUCCAGCGCGGAGAGCUGGUCACUGCCGUGACGGAGUGGAUUUAUGAGGGUUCGUGGAAGGAGGGCAAGGCUGCUCUGCCGCCUGCUUAA